ACAUAGGACAGAAACUGUAUGAAUUCCCCUACAGCACAAAGAGCACCCAUCAGAGCUCAGCCCACACAUUUUUGUUUGCAGCUGAACUCUGAAAAGUGGGAACUCCCUGAGGUGAUAUGCGGUCACUCCCCUUGGGCUGUAGCAGGUGUACCCUGGAUGCUGAACGUCUCCUUCCCCGGCCUUCACAUUAGUCUGGUGUGUGAGAACAUGCCCUAGCCCACACAGAGAUGUUGUGGAUAAAGUGAAUUCCUUGUUUUACCACUGACUGGAUGUGGGAUGUUGGGUACAUCACAUCUCUGAGGCUCACGUUGGCACUUAUGACCUUCUCCUGCCUUAGUUCCUUAGCUGGGAUCCAUCUCACAUGACUAUACACAUUUAAUAGCUGAGCAUCUACCCUCAGCUAGUCCAUGAGGCUUCCCCUAAAGGGAAAUGAAAGAUACGGUCAUCUCCAGAGAGAUCUUAUGGAUGAGGACACAAUGAAUCACCUCCUGGAGGCACUGCUCUUCUGUACUGACUGUAGAGAAAGCCGAGGUGAGUAGCUUGGAGUCUGUUCUGCAGACCUAAAGUUCGGUCAGAUGACUGCCACGUUUGGAGCACAAGGCCUGCCUCUUCUCACACGUCUGGACAGCAUCCAUACAUUUGGACAAUGGGAACUUGGUCUCAGGAGGGAGCCUGCAGACAUCAACAAUGGAUGCAAUUAUGGGGAAUAAACAUGGGAAUAUAUGCUGUGAAAAAGAAAGCUUUCCUCACAGCGCUGCUGUGACAAAUAGCAGAACAGAAAGGAAUUAAUUCUGUUUCACCUAAUUGCUCUCCAUAAAUCAUCCCUUGGCAGCAAGCUCGAGUGGUCGACCAAAGGGCCAAUUAAAGCAAAGGGAGGCUGACUGGUGUUUGUACUCAGGGCUGUGUUUUGUGUUACAGGAACUGUAAUUUGUUCCCAGGGCAGCAUCUCUUGCCAUUCCAUGCAUGGAGGAGUACCCAGGCCUGUCUGGCUCUGAACCCUGCCGUUAUUUCUUCAGAGCAUUCACAGUGCAUUGACUGACGUCCUCUCCAAGACAGUGUUUUGCUGUCUAAUGUGAGAUGUGAUGUGGCAGGUAGACGCUGGGCAGCAGAAGAAGCACAACAAGAGAUGAACAAGGUCAUGAAACCCAGAACUCAGUGGUAAGUUUUGUGUGUCUAUUUGGUUUUAAAAUCCUUUGUUACAACAUACACAGAAAUCCUUCAAUGCACAGUCUGUAAAAAUCCUUCCCCAGGUAAAAUACCCUGUCACUUGCCCUGCCCUGAGCUGUCCCCAAAAGAUACUAGCACCCCAAUUCUGGGGCCAGAACUGGGCUACCCCUCGACAGAGCAGCCCUGGCCCUUACACCUCAGCCCUGGUGUCCCUCGACAGUGACAGCACCUGGCCGCUGGGACAGCCCCACCAUCUGUCAUGCCGGGCUUUUCACGUGUCAGACAAAAAGGGUGAGCCUUUCGCGGUUGCAGAGGCUACACCCCGUCCUGCAGCUUGUGUUUCGCUCCGUUGGCUCCCCAUACCUUGAAGUCAGCGGCCAGGGGUGGCAGGGACAGGUGCCAAGCCCCACACAGGCCUGUCACCGCCGGGUGGGCACAGCAGCCCUGCCCCGGGGAGGACCUGGCACCACCUCGCCACUCCCGGCCCCGCAGCUGGUGUGGCCGAGCCGGCCGCCUUCCCUCCCUGUUUGCUUUCAGGGUGUUCAUCGUGCUGCUCCCACGCUGCUCGGAGCUGCUCCCGCUCCUCUCUCCCUCUGCCCCCAUCCCGUUAAGCCUCAGCCCGCUGUGUUUCUCCCUGGUGGGAGCCAUGCCCUACCUAUUCCGGGACUCGAAGCCCAGGCCACCACCGCUGCCACGGGAGGCGCGUGCCACCCACAGCUCGGGGAAAGCCUACGAGGAGCUAAAGCAGGAGUGCCUGCGCAGGGGCAGCCUCUUUGAGGAUCCCGACUUCCCUGCCAGCGAUGCCUCCCUCUUCUUCAGUGAAAAGCCACCUGUUCCCUUCCUCUGGAAGAGGCCUGGGGACAUUGUCAAGGAUCCCAAGUUUAUCCAUGGAGGAGCCACAAGAACUGACAUUUGCCAAGGGGAUCUUGGUGACUGCUGGUUGUUAGCAGCCAUAGCUUCUCUCACAUUGAAUGAAAAAACACUAGCAAGAGUGGUACCACUGGAUCAAAAUUUUGGGCCAGAUUAUGCUGGAAUAUUUCACUUCCAGUUUUGGCAGCACAACGAGUGGCUGGAUGUCGUGAUUGAUGAUCGAUUACCCACCUUCAAAGGCCGGUUGGUUUUCCUGCACUCAGCUGAACACAACGAAUUUUGGAGUGCUUUACUAGAGAAAGCCUAUGCCAAGCUGAAUGGCAGCUACGAGGCUCUGAAAGGAGGCAGCACAAUAGAAGCCAUGGAGGAUUUCACUGGGGGAGUAGGAGAAAUGUAUGAGGUUAAAACGGCUCCUGACAAUUUCUAUGAAAUCCUAGAGAAAGCUCUGAAAAGAUGCUCAAUGGUGGGCUGCUCUAUCGAUACCAGCAGCGCUGCCGAGUCAGAAGCCAAAACCCCCUUUGGCCUUAUAAAGGGCCACGCUUACUCCGUGACUGGCAUCGAUGAGGUGAGCUAUCGGGGCCAGAAAGUGCGGCUCAUAAGGAUAAGGAACCCCUGGGGACAGGUGGAGUGGAAUGGCCCUUGGAGUGACAACUCUCUGGAGUGGCGUUUGGUCAGCCCAUCAGAGCAGAAACGCUUGUCUCAGACAGCACUGGAUGAUGGAGAGUUCUGGAUGAAAUUUGAAGACUUCAAAGUGCAUUUUGAUAAAGUUGAAAUCUGCAACCUGACUCCAGAUGCCCUGGAAGACAGCACUGCCCACAAGUGGGAGGUGACCAUCCAUGAGGGGAGCUGGGUCCGGGGAUCUACUGCAGGAGGAUGCAGAAACUUUCUAGACACUUUCUGGACAAAUCCACAAAUCAAGAUGCAUUUGACAGAGACAGAUGAUGGGCAAGAUGAUUGCACAUUCAUCGCAGCACUGAUGCAAAAGAAUCGUCGCAAACUCAGGAAGUUCGGUGCUGAAAUGCUAAGUAUCGGCUACUCUAUUUACGAGAGCCCCGGUGGAGAUGGACACCUGAACAAAGACUUCUUCAGGUACCACGCCUCCAAGGCCAGGAGCAAAACCUACAUCAAUUUAAGGGAAGUAUCCAACAGAUUCAAGCUGCCGCCAGGUGACUAUGUUCUUGUUCCAACCACAUUCGAACCACACCAGGAGGCAGACUUCUGCCUGAGGAUCUUCUCGGAGAAGAAGGCCAUCACUGAGGAUCUAGAUGAAAACGUUGCCAUUGAUCUCCCUGAGCCUCCAAACCCAACCCCAAGUCCACGAGCAACUGAAGAAACUGAAGAAGAAAAGCAGUUCCGGGCACUGUUCGAGCAGAUCUCAGGAGAGGACAUGGAGGUAUCCGCAGAAGAACUGGAAUAUGUUCUGAACGCGGUAUUAAAAAACAAAAAGGACAUCAAAUUCAAGAAGUUAAGUCUCAUUUCAUGCCGAAACAUCAUUUCUCUUAUGGAUACUAGUGGCAAUGGGACUCUGGAAUUCAGUGAGUUCAAAGUUUUCUGGGAAAAACUGAAGAAAUGGAUAAAUAUCUUUCUUCAGUUUGACUCUGAUAAAUCCGGCUCCAUGUCCUCCUAUGAGCUUCGCAGUGCUCUCAAAGCUGCAGGAUAUCAACUCAACAACUACCUGUUGCAGCUGAUUGUCCUGCGAUACUCUGAUGAACAGUUCCAGAUUGAAUUUGAUGAUUUCCUGAACUGCUUGAUUCGCUUGGAGAAUGCAAGUCGAGUAUUCCAAGCACUGAGUGUGAAAAAUAAGGAGUUCAUUAACCUGAAUAUAGGAGAGUUCAUUAACCUGGCAAUGAACAUUUGAAGAAGUUUGACUUGGAUGCCAGGAGUUUCUUGGGACAUCACUACCAUGGCUGCUACCCUGACAACUGUGAUCCCCUUCUGAUGUAGACUUAACCAGGAGCUUUUGUGUGGAGGAAGACACAUGCUGCCCACCUUUUCUGGUCUCCAGCCCUGUUGUGUUCAGGAGCUCCACAGUCAGAUCACAUUUUGUUUUUAAUUUUGAUAAAAUCUGCUAAUGGAUUUGUUACUGGGAGAGGUAUUUGGAUGGGGCACACAUGCCUCUCAAGCAGACUGAAACUAAUGCCCUUAAGUUAAUACAGUCUUUUAUAAAAUAAGAUUGAAUUUAGUUUCAGCACAGCACAGUCUACAAUGAUUAAAAAUUUUUAUUGCUGCUUGGUUAAAAAAUUACUGUAAAGUGCUUUUAAAAAUACAAGGUUGUGUAAAACUGUUCAACUUGGAAUUUAUUUUGAGGCAUGCUGUGUGGCUACAUAACAAGUCUCUUGUCACAGCCACAUGAAUUUCAGUCUGCUAGACUACGAACAAAGGAAGACUAGGGAAUGUAUGGAUGAAAAUCCAUCCUUGAAUAUUUGUAAAAAAGGUCCAGGUUUCCUUAGAAGAAUAUUUAAGCUAAGAUCUGAUGUUCAGCACAGAUUUAAUUUAGGGGAAAAUUGUUAGAUCUCACCUCCCCUCAGUCCUUCCUCUGCUAUCAACCUAUCCAAAGUGUGCCCCAUGAGCCAAAGCCUGCAGAGUUGCACACAGCUCGCAGGCAUCUUCAGAGAAACAUGCCUAUGGAGACAGUGACCUCUUGCAUGGGGCUACCUGUCCCUCACAGAGUCAGGGCUUGUAUCCAAUACCAACCAUGCCUUUAGAAGAAUGACUGUAAUCAUUUUAGGUGAACUAAAUGCAACCAUUAGUAAGGCCUUGAUUUCUGUGGCUAUUGCUGUUUUGCAUUUGUCUCUUGCAUUGUAUUAUUCAUGUGACAUUGAUAGUCAGUGCUGACUCAAAAAAUAACAGUAAUAGCAGCCAGGAACUUAAGAAGUCUUCACUGGAUUUGUUUCUAUGUUUAUCUUCACAACUUGUGUCUAUUUUAUAAUGAAUCAACUGUCUCGAUUUGUUUUCUAAAACUUUUCUUGCAGUGAAACAGAUGGCCCUAGAAAAGCUUUGCAUUCCCUACUGUCCAGGAUCACUGAGACAGCCAGGGUUUUAUUUUCUCUAGAUUUAGACCUAAUGAACAAUUCUGAAGUGAAAAUCAAACCGUAGUAAAGAUUAAGUUCAAACAACAACAACACAAA